AUGAGUAGCCUUAAUGAAACGUUGGAUCAGAACACCUCCACCGUAUAUUCAGACACGAACGAUGGAGGACAGACAGGCGAUACAAGCCGUGCGGAAGAACAGGGGUCCUUACUAACUUCCCAUCGUACAAUGUCUGAGACAGAUCUUCGCACAGGAUCCUUCUUGGAUGAGGAACAAACCCAGUAUGAGUAUACCACUGGGUACGAUAGCAGAACGUAUUACUCCCGCACUUUUGAAACCCGCACCUACGACGACUCUUCUUUUCCACAAUCACCGCGGUCGGAUGAGUUAAGUUCCACGUUUGCAAGCUUUUACAUGGAAAGCGAAGCUGCUCGAAAGGUGAAAUCAACCAUUUUCUUUCUGCGUCGUCCUCUGAUAUUUUUUUUUAUGACGCUAUCGGGAUCCGGUGGUAUUGGCACAAUGUGUCGUGUCGUUCAUGCCAUAACGGUGGCUGCGACGCAGCGUCAUGCGAGGCAUAUAACAUCCCCGUUAAAUGAUUUAAACAGCCUUCCGGAUGGCUACCCGAGUGUUCCCGAGUGGAUGCGACAGGCGCGUCUUGCGCUCCCUUCGAUUGUUGAAGUCUUGGUUAAGAAACUACUUCGCACGUGUGGGGUUCCCGCGCUUGCCGAUCUACAGAAGGAUCGCUGGGCGGCAGCCCUUGGGAGCCUGGAGAGUGCCAGGGAAGAAAUUAUUUCUCAAACCACCCAUGUGGUUUCAGGGCCGAUGGUACCGCUGGUGAUUUUCCUUCCGUUAUUUUCUUUCUCGGUGAUUUCUAUUGCCCGUCGCAUAGUUGCACUGCGACAGGUUCGUCAGGCUGAGGAGGAGGAGGAGUUCCAACAGAUGGGCAUCGACGAGGCGGAAAAGGUGGGAAUUCCGCAUAGUGCAGAGCUCUCAGCAAUUCAAGAGGCGGAGGCGAGUAACAUGUCUGUGGAUGGGGCGAUUGUACACACAGCGAAAUUUUAUGAAAAUAGAGAAGUGACCAAAUCGGCGGUGGUGACAACAUCAGAAGUAGCAGCGACACAUGUGUCUGUAGAAACGAACGUGAGUUCCUUCAUUAAGAGGCCCACUGGGUUGCAUUCUCCCUCAGAAAAUCAAACGAGUCCGCACACUGUGCCCACAUCUCGGGAUUUAUCGCCUGUUUCUGUGGUGACGGAGGAUGCAAUGAAAACAAAUCAGGUAUUUGGUGCAAACGGGCCGGAUUCUCCGCUACCACAAGAGCGAGUCCCUUUGCAGGGUCUUAACGUUGCCCCAUACGCACUUAAAGGUGAUGUUGUAGCCGCCUUGUUGGGAACGCCCACUGUGAAGGAGGUCAAUGUUUUGUUGAUUGCCGCCUCCAGAUAUAAUUGUAGGCGGGUAAUUAUACCCUCCAGGGUAGCAGCGUCAAGUUUAGUUUCUGUUUCCCCAUCUCUAUCCAUAGAGCGCACCGAUGAUGUGCUGCAGCAUGUCAUGAGCGUCGAGGAACCCCGCGGUCUUACCACCGUUGCUGUAUUUCUUCGCCCUGUCACCGACGACGCUGUGGAGCUUUCAGCAUACAAACACCCAAGUGCGGCGGUGUAUGUGUUUUUGGCAGCGAGUGGCGUGGAGGAAGAUGUUGUGGCACAUUUAGUCGAUCAACGCAUUUACUCUGCGUCUUCCCUGGACGAGCCGAUGCCUGCCAAUGCAUGCUUUUACGAUCGCUCGGUAAAGGAGAGGGAAGGCACGGUUGAUGUAUAUUGA